AUGAGAUCAAAUUCUCAUUAGAUAAUUGGAGAAUUACCUUAAGUCAAUGCUGAUCCGAAUCCUGAUAUGCAAACAAUAGAAAUUAAGAAAGAAGAAUCAAGUAAGCAAAGUGUUUUUAUGCUAGCAUAUCGUUUUUCAAAUACUAACAUCUGUAAUAUCGAACAACUUAUUUUACAUUCCAUUUAUGAAGGCAAUAUAGAUUAAUUAAAAUCGAUGAAAAUUCAUCUUAGAGAUUUAAAUUAUUUAGAAGAAUUUAGCGAAGAUUUAAUAGAUAAAUAAAUAUUCCCUUUGGCAUUGGCAGUUGCGACAGGUUAGUUAGAAAUAGUAAAAUUGCUCUUACAAAACGAGGCUAUAGAAGUGAAUAUGGUUAGUAAACCAUAAGAAUUGUCAGCAUUGAAAUUAGCCUGUAGCAAUGGAUAUUAUGAGAUAGCUGAACUUUUAGUUUAAUAAGAUGCAAAUGUAAAUCAAGCAGAUUCGAAGGGAUCUGUGCCUUUAUUUUAUUGUUUCAGCAGAUUGGAGGAGGAAACCAAUUAUUUUGAGAAUAAGCAAUUGUGUUUUAAACUGGCCGAAUUAUUGAUUGACAAUGGAGCUAAUAUUGAUGCAGUAGUAAAUGCUGAAAAAGGAUAUACUUUAUUGAUGCUCUUUUGUGCAGUCAAAGAUAAAUUAAAUCCAAGAGAUCUAAGAGUUAAUUUGGAUGUCAUACGAUUUCUGCUCUCAAGAGGAGCAUCCAAAGAUAAAUUAAGUACUAAAGGCAAGACAGCAUUAUAAUUGUCAAAACAUCAUUGUGCAAAAGAUGAAGUUUAGAAAAUGCUUAAAGAUAUCAAGCCUACUCAAUACAAAAUAUUCUCUCAUAGACCAUAGAUCAUUUAACAAUAAGUUAUUAAAUAAGAAGGAGUCAAAGCAUCUGGAAACAAUAAUGGAAUGUGUUGUGGUCUAUUAUCAUCUAGUCGAAAUAGACCUCAAUCAGAAAAAUCAUGGUGGCAAUUUUUUUGA